AAAAAAAAGAUAAAAAGCUUACGAGUUUCUUGCAAGCUAUACAAUUGCCACACAAGCUUUUGUUUGAAAAUGUUAAAAAGAUUGUUAAUCAUUUUUUAACAAUGAUUUAAAAAAACAGGAACUGCACUAAACCCAUAGGUUGACCUGUGAGUGUGAGUUCAGGAUCCAGAAUGUCCUGAAAUUUCUCUGUAUGUGUAUCCUUGAAGCUCCUGCCAGUAAAGUAUACGCUGCCUGUAAUUGACUUACAGUUAUGUGGUUUAGCAUUUUUACCAUAAUCUCCACAGUUUAAAAUGUCAGAUACUUUAUUUGACAAACCAAAGAAUUUUUCUGAGCAAGAUGUGCCUGAGUCUGCAUUUAUAAGUAUUGACUCCAAUGGAGAAGACAGAACUAAUGGUUUAAGGAGGCAUAAAAGUGAAAGCUCCAUUAUCAGAAAGCGACAAAAUCAAAGUUCUUUCACAUCAAGUUUGUCAGAAAAGGAUGUGGAGGAAACAAAAAUCUGUAAUAAUUAUAGAUUUGGAUUUAAGAAAUGGAAAGGGCAUGUUACUCAGAGACCUUUACAUAAUAGAUCUGAAACUGUACAGAAUCUCUAUGCUGAUGUCAACAAGAUUAAACUAGAACAAGCACCUAGAUCUGUGGUAUUUAAUAUACUGUAUGUGGUGUUAUUUGGAUGGUGGCAGGCUGUAAUAUAUCUAGUUCUGGGGCUGGUCAUGUAUCUUUCCAUUGUUGGCAGACAUUACGGAUUGUUUUGUUUAAAGAUGUCAAGUUAUUAUCUCUGGCCAUUUAGGAAAUUUGUAUACAUUACCUCACCUAAUGGAUUGACAUAUUCAUAUCACACAAGUUCUUCCUCAAACGUCAGUGGAAGUGAAGAACAUAAACCUUUACUAGAGAAACGUAAGGUCACAGAAACAUGUGUCUCAUUUUGGAGCAAAGUUCAGAGCUAUGUAUGGUUGAUUUUAGGUGUUCCUAUAUUAGUCCUAUUGCAUACAGUUGUCAUGGUGAUAUCAUGGCUCUUUGUCAUAUCUAUUCCAAUUGCUAAGAUAAAUUUGAAGAGUAUAACAAGCCUCAUAUUUCUUCCUCCAGAACAAAUACACAUUGAUGAUGUUAAUGAAUAUAGCCAGGAGAGUAAAAUAAAACAGAGUGAGAUUAUAUUGUUUAUUCCUAAGAGUGUCAAUGUAUACUAUUACAAAUACAGUGUAGAUGGAAUGAACAUAAUCUUAGUCAACCUUCUUGUGUUUGUGAUACUGUCUAUAGUGUUUGGAUAUACAGAUAUAGUUACUCCACCAAUUAAGUGUGUUCUUGGAGCAUUGGCUAUAAUACCACUCACUUAUUACAUUGGAAUGUCCAUUAUAAGUAUAUCAGCCCAGACUUCAGUAGCAGUGGGUGCUGUUAUAAAUGCUACCUUUGGUUCUAUUGUUGAAAUCAUCAUCUUUGUGGUAGCUCUUAAUAAAGGAAAGCAAGCAGGGACUCAGUUAUGUUUUAAUGAAAUUGUCAAAGCCUCUUUAACUGGUACAAUAAUUGGUUGUACUCUUCUCAUUCCUGGCAUUUGUAUGAUAGUUGGUGGUCUGAAGUAUACAGCACAGAGUUUUAAUCCAAAGUCAGCUAGUGUUUCAUGUUUGUUAAUGUUUGUUUGUGUUGGAGGAAUAUUUGCGCCAACAAUAUUUUCUCAAGUGUUGGGUGACAUGAAUUGUCAGAAAUGUGAGAAUAUGUAUAGUACUAAUGACACAUUGAUGAAUACAACUUAUGGUUUAAAUUGUGAACAGUGUACCAACUCCAUUUUUGGAGUAGAUAGAGAAAUGACAUUAUAUAACAAGCACAUCAAACCUUUGGUAUAUGCCAUCUGUCUGAUGUUACCAGUAGCUUAUAUCAUAGGACUGAUAUUUACACUGAAGACCCAUACAUCACACCUGACCAUAGAUUUCACAGCAGAACAGCUUAAACGAGAUAAUGUUAAUCAUCAGGGUCACAGCCAUGGUUCUCCACAAUGGGGUAUAGUUAAAAGUAUGGUUAUAUUGUUGUCAGCAGCCACUUUAAUUGGAGUGUGUGCAGAUAUUGUCACAGAAAACAUACAGGAUUUUCUUAACUCUACAGGAAUGUCUACGUAUUUUGUGAGUGUGACAUUUUUAUCACUGAUUCCUGCCUUGCCUGAGAUAGUCAAUGGUAUACAGUUUGCUUUACAGAAUAAUAUUAACUUAGGGAUAGAAAUUGGAACAAGUGUAGCUAUACAAGUGUGUACUAUAGAAGUUCCUUUACUGGUUCUUGUAGAUAUUAUAUAUCCAUUUGAAUUGUACAUGGUAUUUAACCAAGUCCACUUAUGGGCAGUAUUUUUUGCUGUUAUUGUGAUCAACUAUACAUUUCAAGAUGGUAAAAGUGAUUACUUUCAAGGCACUAUGCUGCUCUUCAUUUACCUGAUAUUAUUGUGUAUGUACUUUUUCAUGCCAAGUCCUGGUACUUGUAUUCAAAGAUAGUGUCAAAGACCUCAUUAUUCCAAUAUCAACGAAGAGUAACCGACUGUGCGAGGGCUGUAUAGCCAGUCAAGGUCGUGAAACACACCCAUCAGAUCAACGAAGAGAAUUCCUACUCCAUCAUAUUGUUUCUUGUGUUGUUCUGGUAUUGGCACAUGUAUGUGCU